UGUCGUUACAUUUCCGUCUUCUCAGCAAAAUACUCCUCUGGUGUAGGAAUUUUUCAAAUAGAAACUAAUUGCAGAGUUUCCAGUUGACCACCAUUCAUAGGAGAGAGUGCACGCAAGUGGGGGAGAAGGGCAGAGGGAGAAAGACAGAGACAGAACCUCAAGCCAGCUUCACAUUCAGAAUGGACUCCCCCCCCGCCCCCAACCUCCCACCAGGACUCAAUCCCACCACCCUGGGAUCAUGACCUGAGCUGAAAUCAGGAGUCAGAUGCUCAACCGACUGAGCCACCCAAGUGCCCCUGGAUUUGAGGUUUUUUAAACUGCUCCAGGUUGUUCUAAUGUGAAGCCAAAACUGAAAACCACUGUCUUAGAUUCUCAAAAAAUGGUUACUCUACCUACUGGAAGCAUCGACAUUAACUAGAAAUUUGUUAGACACAUUCUUGAGGACUACUUCAGACCUAAUGAAUCAGAAACUCUGAGGGUGGGACCUACCACUCUGCGAUUUAAUACGCUCUCCAAUGAUUUUUAUGAGCAUUAAUGUUGAAGAUACACUUUACUAUGUGAAUCUUAAUUCCUUCUAGGAAGUCUCAAAACUACAACUAAAUUUGGAAAGGGUGUUUGUCACUUGAAAAUUACUCCACUGACAAGAUCUGAAGCAACUGCCAAGCGGCAAGGGUCGUUUAUUGCAGGUUCGAACCUGGUCCCCCACGCACUCGUCGCCGGUGACGCAAGAGGCCACGAUCAGGAAUGAAGACAAACACAGAGAUGGUGUGUCUAAGAAAUUUCAAAAGGUGUCGGCCUCCUGAUUGAAGCACAGUCAACUUAUUGGAUUCAUUUUUUUUUUCAUCCAUUUCCGUACUCCUACAAGGGAAAGUCAUGAUUACGCUAACAGAGCUGAAAUGUUUAGCAGACGCCCAGUCAUCUUAUCACAUCCUAAAACCAUGGUGGGACGUCUUCUGGUAUUACAUUACCCUGAUCAUGCUGCUGGUGGCCGUGCUGGCCGGAGCUCUCCAGCUUACACAGAGCAGGGUUCUGUGCUGUCUUCCAUGUAAGGUGGAAUUUGACAAUCACUGUGCCGUGCCUUGGGACCUCCUGAAAGCCAGCACAAACACAUCCUCUGAUCCUGGGACACCGCUCCCACUUCCCCUCAGAAUCCAGAAUGACCUCCACCGACAGCAGUACUCCUACAUCGAUGCUGUCUGUUACGAGAAACAGCUCCAUUGGUUCGCCAAGUUUUUCCCCUACCUGGUGCUCUUGCACACACUCAUCUUUGCAGCCUGCAGCAACUUUUGGCUUCACUACCCGAGUACCAGCUCCAGGCUCGAGCAUUUUGUGGCCAUCCUUCACAAGUGCUUCGACUCCCCAUGGACCACGCGUGCCCUGUCCGAAACAGUGGCCGAGCAGUCGGUGAGGCCCCUGACACUCUCCAAGUCCAAGGUUCUGCUUUCGUCCUCAGGGUGUUCAGCCGACGUCGAUUCCAGCAAGCAGUCAUUGCCCUACCCACAGCCUGGCUUGGAGUCGGCCAGCAUAGAAAGCCCAACUUCUAGCGUCCUGGACAAGAAGGAGGGCGAACAGGCCAAAGCCAUCUUUGAAAAAGUGAAAAGGUUCCGCAUGCACGUGGAGCAGAAGGACAUCAUUUAUAGAGUGUAUCUGAAGCAGAUCAUAGUGAAAGUCAUUUUGUUCAUCCUCAUCAUAACUUAUGUUCCAUAUUUCCUAACCUACAUCACUCUGGAAAUCGACUGUUCCAUUGACGUGCAGGCUUUUACAGGAUACAAGCGCUACCAGUGUGUCUACUCCUUGGCAGAAAUAUUCAAGGUCCUGGCUUCAUUUUAUGUCAUUUUGGUUAUACUUUACGGUCUCACCUCCUCUUACAGCUUGUGGUGGAUGCUGAGGAGUUCUCUGAAGCAAUAUUCCUUUGAGGCGUUGAGAGAGAAAAGCAACUACAGCGAUAUCCCUGACGUCAAGAAUGACUUCGCCUUCAUCCUCCAUCUGGCCGAUCAAUAUGAUCCUCUUUAUUCCAAACGCUUCUCCAUAUUCCUCUCGGAGGUCAGUGAGAACAAACUAAAACAGAUCAACCUCAAUAACGAAUGGACGGUUGAGAAACUGAAAAGUAAGCUUGUGAAAAAUUCCCAGGACAAGGUAGAACUGCACCUUUUUAUGCUAAAUGGUCUUCCAGACAACGUCUUUGAGCUGACAGAAAUCGAAGUGCUCAGCCUGGAGCUUAUCCCGGAGGUCAAGCUGCCCUCCACAGUCUCGCAGCUGGUCAACCUCAAGGAGCUUCAUGUGUACCAUUCGUCCCUGGUGGUAGACCAUCCAGCGCUGGGCUUUCUGGAGGAGAAUUUAAAAAUCCUCCGCCUGAAAUUUACUGAAAUGGGGAAGAUCCCACGCUGGGUAUUUCACCUGAGGAAUCUCAAAGAACUUUAUCUGUCGGGCUGUGUUCUACCUGAGCAGUUGAGUACCAUGCAAUUGGAGGGCUUUCAGGACUUAAAAAACCUGAGGACCCUCUACUUGAAGAGCAGCCUCUCCCGGAUCCCUCAAGUCAUUACAGACCUCCUGCCUUCUCUGCAGAAGUUAUCCCUUGAUAAUGAGGGAAGCAAGCUGGUUGUGUUGAACAACUUGAAAAAGAUGGUCAAUCUGAAAAGCCUAGAGCUUAUCAGCUGUGACCUGGAACGCAUCCCACACUCCAUUUUCAGUCUGAACAAUUUGCAUGAGUUAGACCUAAAAGAAAAUAACCUUAAAACCGUGGAAGAGAUCAUUAGCUUUCAGCAUCUCCAGAACCUUUCCUGCUUAAAGUUGUGGCACAAUAACAUUGCUUAUAUUCCUGCCCAGAUUGGGGCACUAUCUAAUCUAGAGCAGCUCUCUUUGAACCAUAAUAAUAUUGAGAAUCUGCCCCUACAGCUUUUCCUAUGCACCAAACUACAUUAUUUGGAUCUAAGCUAUAACCAUCUGACCUUCAUUCCAGAAGAAAUCCAGUAUCUGAGUAAUUUGCAGUACUUUGCCGUGACCAACAACAAUAUUGAGAUGCUACCAGAUGGGCUGUUUCAGUGCAAAAAGCUGCAGUGUUUACUUUUGGGGAAAAAUAGCCUGAUGAGUUUGUCCCCUCACGUGGGUGAGCUGUCGAACCUUACUCAUCUGGAGCUCAUUGGUAAUUACCUGGAAACACUCCCUCCUGAACUAGAAGGGUGUCAGUCCCUAAAACGGAGCUGUCUGAUUGUCGAGGAGAAUUUGCUCAACACUCUUCCUCUCCCUGUAACAGAACGCUUGCAGACGUGCUUAGAUAAAUGUUGACCGAAAGGGGAAAUACCUUUUAAAUGUUUGCCCCAGGGCUUUAAACGAGAGCUAAAAUUUCCUAAGUUAUAACGAUGAAAAAUGGGUAAUAAUUAUGACUAACUAUAACCAGAUGUCUUUAAGGCAACUCAGUGUCUAGCCCUACAUUAAACAGGUAAAAAGUGUUAACACUGAACUAAAAGUUUUGUGAAUCAUUGACUUUUAACUUAUUAAGAUGUGAGAAGUACACUUGGAGGGUGGCAUGGGGGACAUGAAAUUCCUGAGUCUCUCCCUUGCAGUUUUUACCUUGAAGCUUAGGCAUUCUUUCAUCUCCCUCCCCAAUUCCCCGCUACUUACUUAUUUGCACACUUGUUUUAACUGACUUCCUGUUUUGGUAUUUAUCACCUUGCCCAUAAAUUCAUCAAUAUAAAUGUCCUUGGUGUACACUCCACACUCUAUGAUUUAUUCUUAAAUAUUUUUAGGCAGGGUGUGCAUUGUGCUUGGCAGAAUUUCUUCUUGGCUUGAUUUUUACUUCCUGUCCCAGCUUGCUCGAGUCUUACUCCAUCUUGUUUUCUCUCAACAACGGUGAGCCCUAAAAAAAAAAACAAAACAAAACUGUGGUGAACCCUGAGAAAGUGCUUGCCUUUGGCCCUUGCAUAGAAAAGGACAGGGUGCUUAGGGCAUGUCCUCCUCAGGGUCUCCUAAAAAUUCAUGUAUUCUCUAAAAUCUCUUCUUGUGUAUCAUCAAAGCCUUUUUUAUUUGCUAAUAAUUUUUAUAUUAAAUGUAAAGCAUAUAAAUAUUUUCUAUUGUAUAAUCUUGGAUUCAAAAUCUGUGAGAAUAAUUUUUGUAAGGUACAGAGAACACAUGCAUUUCUUUAAGAAUUUACUAUUAAUGUGCUUGGUUUGGGCUACUUACGCGUCUCCUACUUGUGUGCAUUCUGAUCCAGAAUGUUUUUGUACUCUGCAACUCAUUACUUUUGGAUAACAAAAGCCUUGUGUUUCAUGCCCUAAAAUAUUUGGGGGGUUUCCUUAUAAGAGGAUGGCCACAUCAUCUACCUCUCUCUUCCCUAGUUGCUGUGCUAUUGUACGGGUACAAUUCUUAAUUACUUCAAAAACUGUGAUGGAGGGGAGAGGUACAGAUUUGACUCCUUAAAACUGACUUCAAAACACUUGGAGAAAUUAAGACUUAAAGCAAAAUACUUUUCUUCUCCAGCUGCAUGAUCUCUAGAUAUGAUUAUAAUGUAAAACACUCGGCCUCUAUUCAGUAUUUAAGAAGAACUCUCAGAGCUCACAAAGAAGUAGAUCCAUUUAACUGAAAUUCAUCUCAUGCCUUUGUCUGACUUUCCUGGAAUACAUUUUGCUCUUUUUUUUAUAAAGAGCUUUGUGUUUAGCCUUUUAUUAUCAUGCAUAUUGUAAAAUGAAUAAAAUCAAGUGACUCAUUUUUGGGAAAAUGUACAGUUUUACUGUGUUUUUCUCCAGCGGGUCUAGGCAUGAUGAUGCCUGUCUCAUUUGGGGUGUUAAUGAUGAAGUAACCUACUAACUGCACCCAGACAAAACUGGAAAACACUAUGGAUAAAGAGUACUGUAAACAUAGAACUGUGAUGUAUGGUAUGUUGUGUCUUGCUUUGCCUGUUCCAGGAAGAUGAAGAUGAGUCUUGAAAUUGUAGCAAAAUCUGCAGCCCCCCUCACCCGCCACACACCCCUGAACUGCAGCUCAGAAAAAAGAAUUGUCUGCAUCAAAUGUAAUUUGAAUAAUAUUAUAUAAAUCUAUUAACACCAGAAGCUGCCUAAAAGGUUAUUUUUAUUCUGAACGAGACAGAGCAGUGUAAAAAUGUUAAUUCCUACCAAAACUUGCCUUUAGUCAGAACAUUCAAGUUCUCAGGGACCCAGGCCUAACUGACGAAACUUUCUUUCAUCUAGGACUUUAGAAAACAGAUUCUGACUGUAUCUAGGGUUUUUUGUUUUCUUUUUUUUUAACGUAAGUUAAUGGCCAUUUUAAUGUUUCACACUAAAAUUGUCAGGCGUACUAAUUCCAAAGUUGGCUAGGAUUUAUCUUAAGUUUUGGCUGUGAAUAUGAUACACGAAGAGGUAUCUAAAUGGUUUUGGCCAUAUAAUUAGCCAUAAUAUGAAAAAUCCCACCCUCCUCCAUAAAGAAGAGUUUUCGAAGCAAAUUUCAGAUUGGCUAUCAUUCUCACAAACUACAUAUAACUUCUCCUGCAAAAGUCAUUGACUAAAUCUUCCUCAUCGCUUCUUUCAAUUUCUGGAAGCACAUUACUAUCAGGGUCAAUGAUAAAUAUUGUAAGCUGCUUUCCAAACACUGGGGUACAGUUACUGGUGCACGCUUUGUUGUUUGAUGCCAUGGUUUUUAGAUUUCUGUUUAAUCCUACAUACCAGUGUUGAGGUAGCUUUUCAAUUCACACAGCACUGAUGGAAUGAACUGUGAGGCCACCACUUGACACAUGAGGACGUGGUGUUUGAUGUCACCUUUACUGCACUCUUGGAACAGGUGUUUAUUUUGCAAGUGUUCAAAUUCAUUUCAGAGGCUUUUCAAUGAGGAAAAUGCAGUUUGUCCCAUCAUGAGACUUUAGUUGGCAUUUGACUUCCAAGAAUGCACAGUGCAUGUUCCAAAAAGUCCAUGUGGAUGUUAUUCAGAACAAAGUUGAUGGCUUAUGCUAGCAAUGGCAUAGGUUCGUUUUAUUUACAGACCUACCCAGACGCACAUAGCUAAGCUUGUGCACACAUAGGGACACACACACCAGAGCAGUUUUGAGCACUCCUGGUGAGGUAUAGUGUUCUUUCCCUAACCUACAUAAAGAUAUGUCUGUGUGGCACAUAGAUGUGUGUUUUCAUUCUUCAUCCUCAGUCUUAAUUUUUCUCCCGGGAUGUCACCGUAUUUCACUGUCCCUUAACAAAUGUUUGUGUUAAACAGGGUAAGUAGAGAUCCGUAGGCUCUCAGCACUGUGGCAUAGCUCCAGUUUGUGUGGUAAGCUUACCACUGUGCUAUGGUAAGCUGCAGUGAGUUAUCUGCAUAAUUUUAUUGUUUGAGAGUGACAAUAUUUGUUUCUGUUCUUCAUGUGUUUCAUGAUGUAAAUUUUGUAUGUUUAAAAUAUUGCAUACUGACGGGUUCAGAAACCAUUAAAAUAAUCAAACAGUUA